AUGCUCCUUUGUCAUAGGACCCCAUUACCACGGCCUCUACGCUUUCAUCGGCAUGGCGUUAGUCUGCUUCAGCCAACACGUCUAGGACGGCGAUGCUUUAUGAAAGACAUAUGUGAUGGAUUCUUGGACCUUGCUAUCGCGCUUCCCUAUCCCCCAGAGCUUCCUGUCUACAGCACCACCAUCAUCCUUGUGACCGUGCUAUCCCGAUUCGCAUUGCUACCCGUCUCAAUAUGGGCUAAAAACCGUGCAAAUCGGCUAGAAGACGAUGUGCUCCCUGUGUUGCGUCAACUCAAACCGGUAGUGGCCCGCCAAGAAUUUGAGGCCAUGCAAAAGGAGAGGAUAAUGGGAGACAAAGAACAUCUUAAGAAGAUUCACGAUCAACGAUGUCGUGCAGUCAUGGAGACCAACAGAAAGGAAUUAUGCAAGUUGCAUAACUGCAGUCCUUUAUAUACCAUGGCAGCACCUCCUCUCGUCCAAAUGCCAGUAUUCGUAGUCAUGACCGUCAUGUUUGCGCGUUUAUCAGUUGACCCUACUUCACCCUUUGAUUCGGAAUCCUUUUUGACCCUUACAACGCUGAAUCACCCAGACUCAACGAUGACACUGCCGGUGGUACUCGGUCUACUUUCGAUGGCGAACGUGGAUGCUGCUUCCUGGGCCUUUAAUUCUUAUGAAGUACAACUACAGAAGGACUUGGAAGAAAAGAAAAAGCAACUGGCGGCAGAACGAGGAGUUCGUCACAUCGAACCCAAGAAGAUUGUUAGGUCCGCGAUGAGGGUUCUGUCUGUUGCACGGAUUGGCCUUGGUGCGAUCGCUCCUGGAUCGGUGGCACUGUACUGGGUAACAUCUGCAGCAUUUGGACUGAUCCAAAGCUGGGUAUUAGCGUCGCGGGAUGUGAGGAGGAAACGACUCUUGUACCAGAGGGAUGCUUCCCCUCCGGCUGAAGUAUUGAAACCUAAAUCGACGUCGCUUAAACGGUCCAAAACUAUCUCCGGAUCGUUCACUGCACUUGAUGCUUUCGCUGCCCAUCGUCAAAGCAAACUCGAGAAGACGCAAAAACCUUCUGCGAAGAAGUCAAAACACAAACAUUGACGUUCCAGUUCCAGUGAGUUUGUUUCUCUGCUUACACUGGGAAUGACUAGACCGUGGUGUGAGGAACCUCCUGAAUCGUACUCGUGGGUUCCUAUGAUUUUUCUUGAUCUAAUAUGACCCUUUUUCUGGCCAAACGGAUAUUCUUGAUCUCAGCUUACCCCUUUGUCAUAGACUUGAUGUUCCGUAUAUCAACAU